AUGCUGUCGAGGCCUUCACCGUUGCCCUUUGCUUCCGCUUCCGCUACCACGGCCAAAUCCAAGUCGGGAUUGACGAUCGGUUCGACUGUACCGGUGGAGCGCGCUGCUUCUCCUGACGGAGGUAAGAGAAGCAGGGAUAGCAGUAGUGCCAGUGGUAGCGAUGGUGGCGAUUGUGGUGAUGGUGGCGGUAAUGGCAGCACCGAGGCGAAUCCCUGGUCUGGCGAUGUCAUGAGAAGCGCCAGGGGUAGCUGCGAUGGUGACAGCAGCAGGCGGCCAGGGGAAGAACAAGAGCAACAGCUGCAGCCGCCCUCGUUCCCGGACAUGGUGGUCGAGGCCUUACACGCCUUGUCCGAUUCGAGAGGGUCGAGCAAACUCGCGACCGUUAAGUGGCUGAAGUCGAGCAGCCGGUACGGGUGGAUGGCUGCUCCUCCGGACGAGGCUAAGUUUAAGGCUAACGUCGCCGCCGGGGUGAAGCAGGUGGGCCGAUGGUUUGGUGGGAUAGUAUAUUGUGACGGCGGCGGUGACGGCGGCGGCGCCCCCUCGCAUGGCGUGAAGGAAACGGUCACGGAGGAGGAAGGGACUGGGGAGCUGGCGUGGGCGGCGGGAGAAGAACCCAAGCCGAAUGCGAUCAAGCGGCCGACGGGGAGAUCGAAAGGACGAACACCGAAAACGAUCGACGGUGGGGGGUUCAGCAACUCUGGGGGCGGGGGGGGGGGGCCGAAGGGGUCGAGGGUGAGCAGGAGCCAAGCGCUGGAUCUCGUCGAGGAUGGCGUCUUGCAUGCGAGGGAGCAGGAGGCGCAGACGGGUGACGGCGCCACGGCCGAGCCGCCGCUGAGGCCGCCGCGACCAACCCCUGUAAAUCGGUUACGGGUCCCAGCCGGGGCGGUCGGGGAUCUGCUGACCGUGUGGGACUUCCUCAAGGAGCUUCAUUUGAAAGAACCUUCCGUCCUGACGUUGGAGGAGUUCGAGACAGCUGUCCUCUGGAGCAGCAACAACACUUUCGAGAGCAAGAAGAGCGUGCAUCCCCUCAUCGCAGAGUUUCACCUAGAUAUGCAGGCGCCUGUCCGAAGGAUCUUGGGAGAUCUUCUCAAUCCGGCCACAUGGCCCGAGGUUCUACGACGGUUCGCUAUGGCCUACUUGCGGUACAGCCGCGCUCUCUUCUCGAGGCACGGGAGAGGGAGGGGGGAGGGGGUCGAUGAAGGCCACCCGCUUGCUACCGCGGUGGAGACUCUUUCCCGACGCGGCUGCGGCGACCUCUCGUCCUCGGAGACGCUGUGCGUGCUCCGCUGGCUUUCCGACGUCCUCAUGGACUCGCGCUCUGUGAGGGCAAAGAUUGCUCAGCACGCGGAGCUCCAGUCGAGGGUUACGGCGAGAGACAGAAAGAAGGCCGAGGAGCGAGACCACUUGGUGGCGGAGUCUCUCUCUCUCUCGCUCGCUCACAGGGGUAGGGGUGAGUGA